UAAUAAAUAUUUUUGAUUUGUUAGUGAAAACAUCUUGAUAGUGUCUUUCAGCAUUCCGGCAGUUGGUGAACGCACAAAAUCAAGGGCCGCAAAUUGCCCGCGCACCGCACUUUGGACACCUCUGACCUGACAUUGAUAAAACAGGACCAAUAAAACAUUAUCUUAUUUUUACGAAAUAAAAGCUAUAACAGAAGGGAUUAUUCUACAAAAACAAAUCUAUUUCAAAUAUUAUUCUGACGUAAAUAAAUGUCGCCAAACCGUCACUUAUUUUAACAUCCCGCGGGUCGUGAUGCAGUUCUGGACGCCGUGGCCCCGGUGUUUCCCGAACUCGAGUCGAGUGGUUCCGAGAGAGGAGCCCGACAUAUUCUGAUCAUCUUCCAAAUGUUGGUGCCCGAGUCGUGAAGUGCAGCUCCUCAGAGGAGGCAGGAAGGGAGGGAGAGCAGGCAAGCAUUCCUGCAGAGACUCACCUCUGAAAGGCGUCCUUACAUCAGCAUCACCCUGACCGGCCGGCGGAAGAACGAGAUACGAGGGAAUCUUCCAAAAUGACGCCAGUCACAGUGAUCAUGCUCAGUUUCCUUAUCUCUGCAGCUAUCUCUGCCCCUCUAAAAGAAACAGAGGAAUCCGCAACUCUAUUCCAAGGAGAGGAUUUCCACAUCCGGCUGCCGUCACAAGACAUGGAGGUCACAUUCAAGAACCGUUCCGACCCUCGGAAGACCUCGGUGCUGAUGAGGGGCGGCAAAGUAAUCAGCACUCGGGUUAAACCCACCCUGGACUCCAACUACAUCAACAUAGAGGGAGUGGGUGAAGGGGACGAGGGGCUGUACAUCCUGAAGGACUCAAAGGACCCGAGUGUCAUCAAGAAAAUUUCACUAAUAGUCCGAGACUGCACCCUCGAGCAAAUCAGCAAAUAUGGCGGGAACUUCCAUAUUCCAGUGCUGAAUGUGAACCCCCCCAUCACUCUGGAGUACAAACCCAGUUCAGUGGAGGCCAACCUGACAUCCAGACCGGCGAUGGUGGUGCUGACGGCCACUGGGGUCUCCACCGAGCAUUACCGAGAUCGCAUCACCGUUGGCGAGCGAUCCAUCACCGUCAGCGCGGUUACAGGCGCCGACGAGGGCAGCUACACCGUCAGGGACAACAAGGGGGUUAUCAAACAGAAAGUGUGCCUGAAUGUCAAAGAGCACACAAACUUUGUGAACCUUCCUCUUGAUGAGAGGCUGAAGAUCAACCUGAUUCUGAACAGCUCCCUGAUCCAACUCCACUACACCCGAGACUCGGAGUCCUCAGCCGUCCUGCUGAUGGAUAAGGGAGAGUUCACAAGUGCUCAAGCAGAUCUUGGUUUCAAGGACCGCCUCUCUGUGGAGGGUUCGAUGGUCUUUCUAAAUCAGAUCAAGAGCUCAGAUCCUGGACUCUUUAAGAUCACAGACCUGCAGGGAUUCACCGUGUCCACCGUCCAUCUGGGACUGAAACCCUACAAAAUGGAGUCCCUUUAUGUGGCCAUCAUUGCCCUGCUGGGCCUGCUGGCUUUCCUUCUGCUGGUUUGCCUUCUGUCCUGCCUGAUCAAAGUGAAGAAGAGGGCCAAGAGGGCCGCUGCACUGGAGAAACUGGCUCAGAACGCUGGCAAAGAAGACGAGGGCGAGGCCUUUAGACAGGUGGUCAAGAACAUCACUAAACUCAGCGAGGAGUCCAAGCAUUCCCAAGCGGACAACACAGAGAAAUCUCAAAGCACUGAGGUGGACAUCAAGGGUCUGGAGGUUUCUUCUAAAGAGGUUGGCGUUGGUAAUCUGGAGACCAGUGACUCCGGCGUUGGCUUCAACACCGCUCUCCCGCUCGAUACUGACACCGAUGUCCCCGAUCAAAUCCCCGAUUCUGAGGCUGUAAGCAUCUCUGUUGCUCCUGAAAUCAAACCAAGCCCUCCUUCUGCUGCUAAGUCUAAGCCAGCUGCUCCACCGGUACCAGAACCUAAAGCAAGCCCCGUCCCUGAGACGAAAAAAGCCCCGGACCCGCCCGUCGAAGCAAAGCUGGACACACCCAAACCAGUAGAUGCUAAACUUAGCCCAACCCCGAGCACGAAGUCUGGUUUGAGUCCAGCUGAAACAAAACCUGCACCCAGUCCAAGUCCAGAACCCAAGACUGGACUGAGUCCAGCUGAUCCAAAACCUGCUGCUAGUCCAAGUCCAGAACCCAAGAUUAGUCUAAGUCCAGCUGAUCCAAAGCCUGCACCCACUCCAAGUCCAGAACCGAAGAUUUCUGCGCCUGCAGCCACCACUCCAACACCCGACGCUAAGAGUCCAGCAGCUUCAACUCCUGAGCCCACCAAACCGAGCCCAGCAGAACCCAUCACCAAUGGCACACCAGAGCCGGGACCCAAUUCCAAAGUAAGUCCGGAUCAUGCAGAAAUCAUCAAAGACCCAACUCCAAAGGAGGUUUCCACUAAAACCCACGAAGUGGAGCUGAAGUCCAGCAGCGUCGUGCCAGAGGGCAGCAAAGACGGCGCCGCAGCCGAGGGUCCGACUACGACCUGAAAACCGCUGCUCCGAAAACAUGAGGAACCCCCACAGAUCCCCGUCUACCACCACCGCAGACAAUCAAACACCCCCUACCAAAAUGGUGAGGAAACCACAGCAAGCUGGGGCGAUGGCGACACUAAACCCACAGUGAUACUCUAACCUGGGAGACUUUCUGACUGACACACAGUUUAAGUAACUAAAGUGGCUUUUAAUCUUUAACCGUUUCAGUUUUGCCGCCUCAUUUUCUAUUGAUUUUACAGGAAAAACUGCCAAACUGCAAAUUAAAACAUUUGCAGAGUUUACAACUAAAAUAUUAACUCCACAUGAAGUGUUUUAUAGGAUAUCCACAAAAAAAAAAAAAAAAAGGGUUUACGGCAUUUUAUCAUAUCAGUGUAGCAAAAAUUUCGUAUUAACCUUGAACUAACCGCUGGUUUCCAUUGAGACGACUGAUCCUCUAACAGCAUGUGGAUAAAACUCACUAAACGAAACUUUUUCAGCCUAAGCAUGGACGCAUUAAAUGCUGACAUUAUUGAUACUGAAGCGUCCAUAAUAACAAGAUUUUCAUAAAUUUAACCAAAUAGAAAAACUUAGCACAAAUAUUAUAAAAUAAUAUAUUCCUUUUCUUAACCACUACUAAUAGGACUUUAUGCAGGGAUUCAAAAAAACGCCUUAGAUGGUUGAAAUGUGUUUUAGCAGAAAAUCCCUAAGUCCUGGUGAUGUAGUUUUGGUCAAACCCUUAUGUGGUUUUAUAAAUGACUUUGUUUAAGUUACAGCCAUAUUACAAUUCACUGUCCAAACUUCCUUCACUUCCUUCCUGUUUCUGCUUCGUUUUGAUUUUCCAAGGAGGAAAUUCUGACAUAAAUCCCAAACACGUGGAACGCGAUUCCUCUAGGAAAAUGUUUAUUUGUUUUUCCUUGCUAAUUUUCCUCUUUUGUCUGUUUUCUUUUACUUUAAAGCCAUUUAACCAGAUCUUUCCUUCGAUAGUACAUUCAACUAAAACUUGAAAGUCUGAAUUUAUGAGAAGCCGAAUACAAAACAAUCAGAACAAUGUCACCUACACUUUUAACCAGAGAGAUCUGCAUAGUUUUGUCAUUACUAUGAAAACGAACAAGUACAAUUGUUUGAAAAUAAAUAGUUACAGUCAUAGAUUAAAGAAAGUCUUUUGUAUUAUGAUUCAGAAGACAGAGUCUAAUUGAGUUGUAUAGAAUCAAAUACAACGGAAAGCUGAAAUUCUGGCUGGACCAUCGGCAACGUCAAGUUCACUGUACAAUGUGGUUGCCAGACAUGUAAAACUUACUCAACUCUGCAGGAGUAAAGGUUUGUAUCUUAUUAACCCACACAUGCAAUCUUUAUGCGAUUGUGUUAGCUGGUUGAAAAUGGGAUUGAAUAUGUUUGUUAAUAGUAGUUACCAUCACAACAAGUAGAAGAUCCCAGUGGAUUCCUCUUACAGGACAAAUCGGACCCAGCACAUGUUAAUGUGUUUUGGUGGCAGUGACAAAGAGCAAAAAUCUCUCUCUGUUUUGAGAGGUCUGAUUUUUGAAAAACUGAAGGAGUUAACAUUUACCUUCAGUGUCCUUUGGUGUCUUUAUUUCACCUAAAUACAGAUUAUUUUAAAUUAACAGCUAGUCCGAGAGGGGCCAAGAUUAAACUGAACCUCUACUGUCCCAAAACAAAUAAGUGUAGAAACGUUUAAACCAGUUUCAAUUGCAUUAAAUGGUUAUUUAAACAGAAGCUAAUUGUUAUUGAUCUGGGAAAUGGAGCUCUGUGGUCCACCACAAGCCUUCAAAUGUGAAACGCACUGAGAGAGCAACCUCCAAAGUGUUCAAGCUCAGAGCAACUCACAUAUAAAGUGUUGCGUAGUGCAAAAGUACUGCAUCGGUUUGUAUUAGUGCUAUGUUGUUGAUUUUUACUCUUUCUUACUUUUAUAAUAGACAGUUUCUCUGACCAGAAUCGCUUUACAAGUUUCAUUCUGAGUCCACGUUUCACGGAGGAAGAUUAUUGGUGGUGCACCGCCUCCAAACUUUACCAUGUAUAUAAACAUGAUCAUUUUAGUAAAUAACCAGUGAAAAUGUGACAAUGGUUUAAAGAUUUCUAGGUAAGUAAUGACAUUAACCAGUGUGUUUUUUCUAAAGGAGUAGAAGUUCAUUUUGGUCUUGGCACCAACUAAUCUGAAUUCAAAUGAGUUAUCUACUGCAGGUUGGAUGUUAAUUAGCUGUAAUCUUUAACUUGACUUCGGUGUGAGGUUUUUAUUUGUGCUUUCACACCGUCUCUUUUAAACUGGUUUGAGUGGGUCCGGCGGUUAAUGCAACCAAAACAAUUUCAUUGUAAGUUUCCCCCCCAUAAAAAACAGGUGCAUAAUUAUUUAUUUAAGGAAAUUAAUUUUUCUACCUCGUGUUUCCCUGGUGCAGGUUUCAUAUCCUGGAAUUACCUAAAAACUUUGGAAACAUGGAAGCAGCACAAAAUGACUCAAAGUAAAUCACUCAGCUGGCCUUCCUCUGUAGUUUUUCCUGAAAGUUCAUCCUUAGACGUAAAUGAUGAUGAUUUCUUAAAAAGCCAUAAAACAAGAUGUCAGAUUUGAUACAAAGACGACACAAAUUGAAAUUAUGUACGUGUAUAAAUGUGCCUCAGAGUCGUACAAACCAACGUCUACAGUCAGAAUGAAAAUUUGUGAUGUAAAUCACUGUAUGGGACUUGCCUGGAUCUGUGUGGGAACCACUGUCACAUUUGGCAAUACUGACAAUAACCUUUAUAUAAACACACACACACACACAUGAAAAAACACACACUGUAAAUAAUGCAUGUUUGCCAGUUUAACCCUUCAGUGGCUGAAUGUUCCUAAUGUAUAAAGCACUUCUUGUCUCACAUUAAACAAAUAAAACCUGAACUAAUUCAAAUUUUCACCCCAACCUUAAAUCUAAUAUAUAAAUGCUUUUACAGAUACUAUGUGUACUAAUCUUCACUAAUGUCUUGAACUAAUGUAACAACCCAGAUAUUAGCUCCUUUUAGCACAGUUACCAGUGAAACAUAUCUCUUAUACUGUAUUAAACAUGCUUAGCCUACGUCACUUUACGCAUCGACCGCAGCAUGCCCAAGACAUGUUCUGAGCUUCUUAUCAUCCAUAAAGUCGUACCUGUGCGAAGUGAUAUAUCAGUGUUGCAGUUGUUGUGUGUCCGGGACCCGUCUGUUGCGUCUGUGUGCCUACGGUUUGGUUUAGGACGUAUAAAUGAUCAAGCGUGUGCUGAAUCUAUGCACUGGCGGUUUGUACAGAGUGAAAUAUGUACUGUCUGUGUGUUUGGUAUCCAUGUGCCUGCUCAAACUGUGUUUCAAGCCAAGAGUGUGGAUGUGUUCAGAACCACAAAAAGAAAAAAAAAAAAAAAAAAA